GAUUUUCAGGUCGUGAAAGUGGUACAGAAUGUCAACAACAACACAAUGGCGGGAUUUGUGCACUUCUGUCAAAGCUCUGACAUCUCCCUGUCAUUACUGCUUGUUGCAGACAAUGGUGCACACUUGAAAAGUUUAUUAAACGGCUUUCAAGAAGUCAGAAAUCAAAAUGAAAAUUGUUUCAAAGUUUAUUCAUGUGAAUCAGUCUCCCAAGUGUUGAAGGUGUUAGAGCCUCCUCAAGUUGACUUCGUGGCUUUCUGUGUCAACCUGAAACGUUUAAAUGCUCUUACUGAGAUUGAGGAAAGUAUAUUACGAUUGGAUCGUGCAUUUCUGCUUGAUCGUAUAUGCCUUAUUUGUGAUAGUAGCCAAUCAGUUGGAUCGUUGAUGCCCAAAAUCGUUCAUUUGAAACACAAAUAUCAACUCCAUGUUCUCUGGGGAAAUCUUGAGAGCAAACCUGAGGAAGUAGGCAACCGACUUUCAAGACUCGCAUCUGCUGUGUGUGGUAUUACAUCUGGCUUCCCUAUAAUAACACACAGAUCGUGGCAUGAAAGAUUAAGACAGCAGGAUGACUUUUCCUCUAUACCAAGUGACAUCACAUUUUAAAAUACUGUGUGGGACAUGAACUACACCCUCAAUAUGUUAUAAAUUGUAAAUUAAAAAAAAAAAAAAUACUGUACAAACAAUCUUAUCAAAUUUUUAACACUAACUGACACUAAUGAAAUUAAUAUAUUUUAAUAAUUUUUA